AACAGUUCCAGAUGCGUGGUUGUCGAGAUGUCAUGAUGAUGCUCAGAAUCCUCCAAUAAUAUGUGAUAUAACGAUAACCGCUCUAGAUCUAGUAGCAUUUGCGAUUCGCACCACCCAGUUUCACUUUCAACCAUGUGUAAGACUUUGGCUUUUGUGGAGAGAAGAUUCUAGAUUGAUUCUUUUUUUUUGUUUCGCAUUUGGAAACAUUGACUUCGCCAUUUUUUUUUGGAAUUCCUCGUGACAAACAACUCUUCUUUUUCUUCGGGAAUUCCAUUCUUCAUUACCAUCUUCAGGAUUUUCCACAGAGAGUUACUAGACUUGGUUUUUGCGAUUUUUCGACGUUAUGGGCGCAAAAGGGUCAAAAGAGGCGGAAGGAAAGGGGAAGUCGGGCAGCACUAGUAGUACACCUAUUACUACAACGGUACAAGAACAGCGCCAGCAGCUAAGUCGCCCUGAGGAGGCUAACCUCCCUGUUGCGCCUGCUGCAGGAACUGAGCAAAAGAGUCCGACUCCGUCUCCUGCCAUUAAAACCGGCAAGACGCCGCAACCCGAAGGCGAAGCAAAGCAGGUUCCUGCUGUCGCACCCGACACGGUGCAGUCUGUUACGCCGUCUUCCUCCGACGCCUCCGCCGAUAGUUACAACAUGGCAGAGAGCAUGUCAGUACAACUCAUGAUAAUUUCGAAUACAUUCAAUAUUGUUCUCAUCCUAAGAAUUUGGGUCAACUGGUGCUCCUUUUUCUUUCUACUGGAGGUUGACUGAUGAAGCAAGUCAAUAUCGCGCCACUUUUCGUGUCGUCCUGGUUGUCGUUGUCCUCCUGCAUUGAUCUCUAUGUAGUAUCUAUAUAUUAUCACAAUUUCAAGAACUUCUCCAUGAUCCAUCUGCUCUAUGACGAUGUAUCAAAACUUUGACUCUUUCUAAUCUCGUCUCGACAGGUCGGAAAAUGUGUAGAUCUUUUGCUUUUUAAUCCAGAGGAAAUCCGGGUUCUUGGCGAAUCGUUGAGCAUUAUCGCAGGAAAUGCAGAUAAUGACGCUGAGUAUCCGCUGGAAGAGGACCUCGCGGAACUCGCUAAGGAAAAGGUAUCAGCACAUUCACUUAUCUAGAGUCCACGCCCACACAAGCUCUAUGAUUUUGAUUGUACCUCUUAUGAUUUUGGUUGUACCUCCGUCCUCGUGCAUUGCCUUACCUAUUUCAUACAACGACCUGCACGUGCAAAAACCUCGGCAUGGUCAUAAUAGAAUUGUGAUGGCUAAUCCUAAACCAACCCAAUCAAAGCUUGCGGCAAUGAUCACACCGGAGAUGAGAGUCUUGAACUGCAGCUCGACGAUGGUGAAUCUUGUGCGACAAUUCAUCGACCGCAGUACCCGCGCUGUCGUCAACAAGGGCGAGAUAUUACCGACUGUGCGCAAUGUGCUUGUGAAACAGGUACAGGCUUAAGUAUCCUACUCACACUAUUAGUAAAAAUAAAAUAAAAUUGUUAUACUGCAACAUCAUGAAUCGUGAAGAUAUUGUACCCCAUCAAGUAAAGCAAUGUUUCGAAAUCUUGUUUUCUUCACCUAAUAAGUAUAUGCCAAACUUCUUCAGGUUACAGAGCUUCUCGCACUUCCACCGGCGAAGGUCGUGGAGCCCCUUCCUGCUAAAGUUGCGAAAGACUACUGGGUCUGGUCGACCUUAGGCUCGAAGAUGGCCAUCCCGCCGCCCUACAACGAUUUUCCGGCGUUUCCCUUGUUGCAGGAGCGUCUGGGCAUGCUUUUGGUACAAUUUACUCACCAUACAUUAUGCGUAGCUUAUAUUUGCGCAUAGUAGCCUUCUUCUCGACAUGAGAUCCAUUCCUUCGUCUUUCAUUUUUGUCUAGAAAAGAAACGUUCUUUGUUUUCACGGGAAAGCUGCAACCAAACAACCUCUGUUCGUUGACGAACGCGCAACAUCAAACUCUACUUAUAGGCUAUCGACGGCGCUGACAAAAUGCGAUAUCCUGCGCUGGCUAAGCGCAUUGCCUCCGACGUUCAUGUGCUUUUGAACCUUGGUUCCUACUUGGAAUACGAGGAGUCGCUUCCAUGCGAGAAGCAGAGGCUGAACGCAUCAGGCGCUGACGCGCGCAGCUUGCGUGGGCAGAUGGCCCGUCGCGUUUUGUCCAACGUUCUUCCAGAACGCACUGUCUUGCAACUGAUCCCAGGACCUUUCGACUCCAUCGAUUCCAUCGUCCUGAACGCAGAGAAAACUGUGGAAGGCUUUGCGGCUCAGCCCCUCAUUGUUCCCGUGUUCAAGGAACCCAAGAAGAAAGGCAGUGACGCAGGAGGCAAGAAAGGCAAGGCGGAUGCCCCGAAGAAAGCAGACGCGCCGGCAGCCGCUCCUGCAAAGGCUACCGCGAAGAAGCAGGUGAUAACAAUAACCUGUUGCUGUUGUUGUUUUCACUUUUAGUAACCGUGUAUGCAAUCGUAUAUUUUUUCUUUCCACAACUGAAUAUUGGCAAAUCCUCUUGUCUCAACGGUACUCUUUUUUGUGAAUGCAGUAUCUCUACCUCCUUGAACUGCAACUCUUCUUCUUUUACCGCGUAACACGCAAGCGCACAAAAAACAGGUCCCUCCUCCACCUAAGAAAGAAGCCGCUGCCUCAGAGCCAGUGGCGAAGAAGGCAAAGACGGACUCUGUUUGCUCGAACGGCGGUUGUCCGGGAGGCGCCCCUGCAGAGGGCAAGGUCCGCAAUGAUGAGCUCGGAACCGCUAUCUACUACAUGUACAUGUGUGGUGUUGGACAACAGGCGGGCUCCGGUAGUGGUGCCUCGACUUCGCAAGUUACCAGCAGUGGAGCUGGAGCGAAUAUGGAGUCGAUGGUGAUCGAAGGUAAGUUCGACACCGUUUGGUCUGGUCGUGGUGUUCCGCAGGGCCACACUGAGUAUUCGUUUCGCACCACGUCCCUCAGUGGAGAAUGCACCAAAGAAGUGGUGGAAAAGGCGACUUUCGGACGUGUUUGGGGCAGCGGAACCGCGUUACCUCAAGGACACACCGAGUACAGCUUUUUUUUCGGCACUUCGUCAUCUUCGACGUCGCCUGCUCCGAUAAAAGCGCAACCGGCUGCCGCUGCGGCCAAGCCAGAAGCAGCGAAAGCACCACAGCAGCCAGCUGCCCAGAAGAAGGCCGCAGCCCCCGCGGCCGAAAGCAAGAAACCCGCUGCAGCAGCAGCUCCGGCGACCGCUUCAGGAGACGAAGUCCUUGACGCCUUGAAAAAAUUGGACAUUCGUGUCGCCAAGAUUAUCGAGGUGGAACGCAUUCCGGACUCGCCAAAACUGUACAAGCUGCAAGUAGAUAUGGGCAACGCUGAGGUGAAGCAAAUUUGUAGUGGGAUCGUCGCCUUCUAUCCGGACCCGGAAACGCUGAAUGGCCGCAAGGUGAUCGCCUACUACAACAUCAAGCCAGCGAAGUUGGCGGGUCAGGCUAGUGAGGGCAUGAUUCUCGCGGGCGCCGUAGACAACAAGGGACCCAACGAGAAAUGCGAGAUCCUGGAUUUAGAGGGGCAAGGCCCAGAUGUCGAAGUAGGAACGAAAAUCACUAUCAAAGAUGUGCCUGGGUGUGGCGAUCUGGCAGUCGGCACCGAAACUGUCAGUCUGAAGAACAUCAGCAAGCAGUGGGGAAAGGCUCAACCUGCUUUCCAGGUCAACGAUCGCAAGGCCUACGUCAACAUCGGUGGCAAGGCAUGCCCAUGGGUUGUGAAAACGACGAGCGGAAGCGAGGUUCCUGUUGUGGUUGCAUCACUCACCAACAGCGCAAUCUGCUAAGGCCCAUCCUGAUGAAGUGCAAUCUUGAGAUUCAGUAGUUUUUCUAUGAUAGAUGUGCGAGUGACUGGUGGAACCGUCACUCUCGUCAUGCCCGACGAAAGAAGACGACGCGGAUGCUGUUGAUACUCUGUAAGAGGUGGAAACACGCUCGUUUCAAAAAUACCUAGUGAAUAAAGCAGCAGUCAGCAAGGAUAGUGGAGCCAUUUGAAGGAAACAACCAUAGUACUUAUCGCCCUCAUCGCACUGCAACAUAAGUACACCAUUCUUGCCAUAAAUUUCUUAGAAAAUGGUUGUUGCAGCCUCAACUUCAUAGCAUGCAUGAAGACUGACAUAACACGACACUCAGCAACAUGAUGGUCUCCGCAUUACAUGUGAUAAUUGCGCAACAAUCCAACUGUAUCCUUAUGUGCUGAUCCCACACGACGAGAAGUUUCGGUCAAAAAUAAAGCUAUCAGGG